CUGCGAUCUCACAACCACUCAGGUCCCAGAAGUUAGUUACAACGAGGAACUCAAGGUCAUUAUCGCUAUCUUCCUCCUGAAAGCCACUCAGUGGGUUGCCGACAUGUCACUCUUCGGCUUCAAUCCCUUCGGCUUCGGUUCGCGCGAACCAGCGGAACCCCAGACUCUGGAAUCGCGUACACUCGAAGCCGUCGCCGACCACAUCAAAUCCGGCAAGGUGAAGCGCAUUACUGUAAUGACAGGCGCUGGCAUCUCUACGGCUGCUGGAAUUCCUGACUUUAGAUCUCCUGGCACCGGCCUUUACUCGAACCUGGAGCGAUUGAAACUUCCCGAACCCGAAGCAGUCUUUGACAUAUCCUUCUUCCGCGAUCGUCCCGAACCCUUCUACGUACUCGCAAAAGAGCUGUACCCUGGCAAAUUCCAGCCAACAAUAUCACAUGCAUUCAUUGCGCUGCUGUCCAAGAAGGGUCUUUUGCAAAUGAACUUUACACAAAACAUCGACUGCCUCGAAAGGCAGGCUGGCGUGCCCCCAGAAAAAGUUAUUGAGGCGCACGGCAGUUUUGCGACACAAAGUUGCAUCGAAUGCAAAGAAGCGUUCCCGGACGACGAAAUGCUGCUUCACGUCGAGAAGGAGAUUGUACCGCGGUGCGCGAGCUGCAACGGACUCGUGAAGCCAAACAUUGUAUUCUUUGGGGAGCCAUUGCCCAGGACGUUCAGUGAAAAGUGUCAUCUGGUUGCAGAUUCGGACCUUGCUAUCAUCAUCGGCACCAGCUUGACGGUUUACCCUUUUGCUGGUCUCCCAGAGCUGGUUCCUCGUGGGUCUCCGAGACUUUUGCUCAACAAGGUGCGCGUCGGUCAGAUUGGAAACAGGUCAGAUGACGUAGUGGAGCUUGGUUCAUGCGAUGCAGGCGUACGGAAGCUUGCGGAUCUGCUGGGCUGGCGGGAUGAGCUUGAGAAUCUCUGGCGGUCCGUUGUCGGCGACUCUGAGGCUGAGCGCCAGAUUGCUGCAAAGGAUGAUGAACAAGGAGGCUAUUCUGAUGACAGUAGUGACUCUGAGCCUGACGAAGACAUGCGAAAGCUGGCCGAGGUUGUCAACCGUAUAAAUUUGGGACUGGAAAGCUCUGCCGGUGAUGAUGCUUCUAGCAAACCAGGAGAUGGUGGGAUCCCCACGGCUACAGGGCAGUCUCCAGGUGAGACAGCAUCCUCCAACAAUCUCAAAUCCGAUGAUCCAAGCACAGAAGACAGGGAUAAGUUUGAACAACCCAGUUCGACCCAGGUUGAAAGUACAGAAUCACAACAAAAGCAGGCCACUGGUGACAGCAAUCGAGCUGAAGAGGUUGUUCCUAUACAUGAUUCGGCGGACGAGGCAAAUACCAAAAAAGCAACAGCGGAUACCUCUCAACAGGCGCAGUAUCACGAUAGUGCAUUAGCUGCACCUAUUCAAGGUACCGGCGCGGGGACAGUUGAGGGACUAGAACGAGGAAGUUAAAUUAUAACCGUGGGGCGUAGUAACAGCAGCGACUUUUCACCUGGCAUUGCAGUGAUCUUUUCUUUUCUUUUCUUGUUUGUGAGAGUGGUAUGGUAUUGUAGCAAGAGUAUGGGAAUUUGUAAGCGCAGUUUAUCUCAACCAACUUGAUCAGCACGUCCAGGCUUUAAAGGAUCCAUACUCGCGGCUUAACUCCGAUGCAUUCUCAAAAACAGUCAUAAUCGAAUUUGUGUUGUUAACACCUCACGGCAGUACUUGUCAGAUAUUUGCUACAUACUUUCGCGACUUGAACCAGACAGCUUAGGACCGAGCAAUUGUCGAUUGCAUUCACGAUGACUGUCACAAAUACCAUCAUUUCUUCUGGUUAUCAGAAACGCUUCUGGGUCGAGACGCCUUUGCUUCAAAGCCACACCUUGUCACAGGCCUCCGGCUGCAACAUCUUCCUAAAACUGGAGAAUCUCCAGCCAUCUGGGUCCUUCAAGUCAAGAGGCAUCGGGAAUUAUCUACUUCAGCGUUUGUCCGAGCUUCCCAUCGAUGCACCCAAGCCACACGUUGUCACAUCAAGCGGUGGCAACGCAGGGUUGGCGGCCGUCCAUGCUGCGCGCAACGUUGGGCUGCCAUGCACCGUUGUGGUGCCGCUGUUGAUCAAGCCUCUGAUGAUCGAGAAGCUGAGGGCGGCUGGGGCACACGAGGUGUUGCGGCACGGGGCCACGUGGCAGGAGACUGACGACUAUGUGCGGCUCAAAUUCAUGGCCAAGUCUGAGGUUCCUACCAUUUACGUUCCACCCUUCGACCAUCCCGACGUCUGGACAGGCCAUUCAACCAUGGUGCACGAGGUGGCCAAGCAAAUGCCGACGGGAACGCUUCCGGAUGCUAUAAUAUGCUCGGUGGGCGGCGGCGGCUUGCUCAAUGGCGUCUGCCAGGGCCUCGAUGACGUGGUGGCUGCUGCUGACCCCGGCCGCCCCAAGCCCAUCAUCCUGGCCGUGGAGACCGAGGGAGCGGAUUCACUGAACGCUUCGGUCAAGGCCGGUGAGCUUGUCGAGCUUCCCGGCAUCACGUCGCUGGCCACAAGUUUGGGCGCCAAGAAGGUGACAAGAAAGACUCUGGAGUACGCGCAGCAGGGACAUGUGAGGUCGCACGUAUUGACAGAUUCUGAGGCAGCAAUGGGCUGCUGGAAGCUGGCCGACGACGAGAGGCUGCUCGUGGAGCUCGCCUGUGGAGUAAGUGUCAGCCUCUGCUACGGUGGGCGAUUGGAAAAGGCGCUGGGGAGGAAAGUAAAGGCCGAAGACAAUGUCGUUAUUGUACUUUGUGGAGGGAGCAACAUCACGGUCGAGAUGCUACGAGAGUAUCGGGAUAUGUUUGAGGGACAAGCGGCUGUUGCAGAGCACCACAGCAGUACCUAAGGCCGCAGGGGUGGUGGUGGUUCUAGAUGGAUAGAGUUAGACCAGAAUUAAAUUGGAUUGUGAUUCUCGGUCAUGCGGAGGCGAAGGCUUGUAUCUAGAUAGAAGCAGCAAACAAAUGUCAUAACCAACACAGGACAGGCUUGGCAGGUAGCAAACGAAACCACUUGCACAAAACA